AUGGAAGGGCUAUCAUCUGCACUUAAGAGGAGUGACUUACCUAUCAUUGUGGAGAUGGACUCUAUUCUUGCAGUCAAACUGAUCCAAUCGAGGGAUUUGGACAAAUCUAUUUAUGCUUGGAUAGUUAAGGGUUCCCCGCCACCACUGCGGCAUCCGCCGCCGAAUCCUAGGUCGCCGCACACCGUCGCCGCCGCCGCGAAUCCCCAGGGACGCCGCACGCCACCGCCGUCGCGAAUCACCAGAGACGCUGCACGCUGCCGCCGCGGAUCCCCAAGGGCGUGGUCGCAUUGUACUAGACAAAGUGUGGUCGCCGUCGUCCUCUCCUCGUCCGACCUUGACCUCAUCCCUUCGACUCCGGUGACUCCUCUGUGGCCCGGGCGGCCCUGGCCGACGCCGUCACAGCCAACGCCGGCCUCACCUCUGCGGCCUCACGCACUGCCGCCGCCGAGGAGCCGGCCUGAUAGGGUCUGGUGUGAAAGAGUUGGAGCAAGGAGGACGUGUGCGGCCACUUCGCGCUUCGGCGAGAUCCUCAAGGUUGUCAUCGCAGACAAGGGCACUGGAAGAUCCAAGGGCGGCGGAUUCGAAGCGGAGGCGGCCAUUAGGGCGUGCUUGGGUCCGUACCCGGUGAUUGACGGCCGGAGGGCCAACUGCAACCUCGCCUGCCUCGAGGUCCAAGGCGCCACAACGAAAACGCCCGCCUCGAUACUCAGCUUCAAGGGAUGUGUCCUGCCACGGGUAGUGCCAUCACACCGGCACAAUGAACUCCCGUGCAACCCAGCAUCCGCAUUGAGACAUCUUUCUUGGCGCUGCCAUUGCUGCCGUACUCUGACAGUCCAUGCAUUGACGCAUCGAUUCAGAAGGUGAGCCCCAGCGACGGCUCCGGAAGAAGGGAUUGGCUGCAGCUGAUUUGGGAGGCCCAGUCGGGGAGAGCAGGGAGGAGGAGCAUCGAUGAUAUUCCUCCCGUCCCAUAGCCAAAGGGAGUGUCAGCGCACCCAGCGGCGGCACAUCUUGCGGCAGCAAUUGACGUAUCGUACCAGGCGGCUGUGUAGCUGG